AUGAUUCGAGAAAUCCACAGCAGCCAGAGCCCUUUCCUCUCCUCCGCCAUCAUCUUCCUCACAACAAUCCACCUCCUCGUUUCCUCCACCACAUCUCAACAGCAGCCGACUUUCAACACCGCCGGCUGUCAAGACAAUUCCAAUUCCACCACACCACCCGCCUACACAUCAAACCUCGCCGCCCUCCUCAACACCCUGCCCCGCAAGGCCUCCACCGCCACCUUCUCCAACGACUCCGCGGCGGACGGCGGGGUAUUCUCCCUCUACCUCUGCCGCGGAGACGUCUCCCUGACCACCUGCGCGGCCUGCGUAACGCAGGCCGCGCAGGAGGUCCAGCGACGCUGCCCUGCUCACAGGGCGGCGAUCGUCUGGUACGACCAGUGCAUGUUGCGGUACUCCAACGUCAGCUUCGCCGGCCGGGCUGAAGUUCAGUACAGAUUGCUGAUGUGGAACACCCAGAACAACACGUCGCCAGGGGAGACGGACAACGGGGCGCUGUCGCUGAUCUACGGGCUCAUCGAUUACGUCCCGUACACCGGGCUGAUGUACGGGACGAAUGAAUCGGAGAGUCGGGGACAGCCGAGGUACGCGAUGGCGCAGUGUACGAGGGAUUUGAGCAGCGGUGCCUGCUUGUCGUGCCUGGAGGAGUUGAAUGAUGCUAGUGAUCGGUGCUGUCGGGGAAGGAUCGGGUGGCGGAUUCUGACUCCUAGUUGUAGUUUGAGGUAUGAGCAGAGUUUGUUCUAUGAGAUACCGCCUCCGCCGCCGCAGUCGCCGCCUGGUGGUGAGGACGAUGGUGGAGGUGGAGGGAACAACACAGGCAAAAUUGCUGGAAUCGUUGGCGCCAUAGUCGGUGUAACAGUAGCAGUGGUGGGGAUCUGGUACUGUUCAUGCUGCCGCAGGAAGAAGGGAAGGUCUGCUGGAGGAGAAACCAGCCAAGAAAUACUGCUACCCGAUUACGAUGGCUCCAAUCACAAUACCGCAAUUGGAAUCGAAGUUCCAGGCCAUGAGAACGACAGAGAAGUCCACUGUUACAGUCUGGCAACUAUUCUGGCAGCCACAAACAACUUCUCCAAUGCCAAUAAGCUUGGACAGGGAGGCUUUGGCCCUGUUUACAAGGGGAAGCUGCAAGACGGGCAAGAAAUAGCGGUGAAGAGGCUUUCCUUGACAUCCAAGCAAGGUCUGGAAGAGUUCAGGAACGAGGUGAUGGUGAUUGUCAAGCUUCAGCACAGGAAUCUGGUGAGGCUGUUGGGUUAUUGCUUGGAGAGAGGGGAGAAGCUGCUUGUCUAUGAGUAUUUGGCCAACACCAGCCUUGACGCCUUCCUUUUCGAUCCGAAGAAAAGCAAGGAGCUCGACUGGGAGAAGCGAGCAAACAUAGUAGAAGGCACAGCCAGGGGACUCAUGUACCUCCACGAGGACUCUCGUCUUAAGAUCAUCCAUAGAGAUAUGAAAGCGAGCAAUGUGCUUCUGGACGACCAGAUGAACCCCAAGAUCUCGGAUUUCGGGACCGCUAGGAUAUUCGGAGGCAACCAGAUCGAGGCCAACACUGAGCGGGUUGUUGGAACAUAUGGGUACAUGGCUCCUGAGUACGCUCUAGAGGGAGUGAUUUCGACGAAAUCGGAUGUCUACAGCUUCGGAAUCUUGAUGCUGGAAAUAAUUAGUGGAAAGAAGAACAGAGGAUCGUUCGACCCGAGUCAGGCCUCUAGCCUUCUUUUGCAGGCAUGGGAGCUAUGGAGUGAAGGCAGAGGAGAAGAGUUGAUAGACUCGAACAUAGCUAAGAACUGCCCGGCGAGAUGGAUCCAUAUUGCAUUGUUGUGCACGCAGGACGAUCCGGCUGAACGGCCGACCAUGUCCGCGGUGGUCCGAAUGCUCGGAAGCAAAUCGGAUGACGACCUUCCACGGCAGUUGAAACGUCCGUUCACCGCCGGCGGGUUCACCCACGUUUCCGAUCUAUCUUCCAGUACCUCCGGUACCGGCACCGGGUUCCUGACGUCGGAUCAAUCCACCGGUACUAGCUAGCGGCGUUUCUCGGUACAAGUCUCGUUUUUUUAGGUACAUAAAUUGGUCUUGGUCUGUAUAAGAAAAAAUGGUUGAGUUAGGAUUGUAAUUUUGACAUCUCCGGCUGAGUUACUUGUUUGUCUAACCUAUUUCAUUCUCAAUUUAUUCUAUAGAGGUCGUUCAUUUAACAUUCAUGUCGG